AUGGCCGUGGACGACCAGCUCACCUCCAUGCCCACAGAGGACAUCCUCAGGAACUGUCGCCUCCUUGACAACGAGACCCGCAUCUACAAGGUGCAGAACCCUAGCCCCGCUGUGCACCACCCCGUUAUGGAGUUUAGGGUGAUAGCUGCAACAAAUUGUGCAUAUAUUCUUGAUCCUACUUUGUUGCGAUCUCGUCGUCUGGACCGGAAGAUUGAGUUCCCUCAUCCAUCAGAAGAAGCAAGAGGUAGAAUCUUGCAGGACCAGUAUGAUCUUUUUUCAAUAAUCAAAACAACUUUGUUCUAUGUGCAUUCAACUGAUGAUUUCAAUGGUGCUGAGCUAAAGGCAGUUUGUGUAGAAGCUGGCAUUCUUGCUCUACGGCAAGAUGCUACAGAGGUAACACAUGAGGAUUUCAACGAGGGAAUCAUCCAAGUGCAAGCAAAGAAGAAAUCCAGCUUGAAUUACUACGCAUAG